AUGAGCAAGUACUGGCUCCAACAGCAGGACCCAGGACCGCAGCGGAUGGGCGUCGAACCGCUGUGGGUGCACCGCCACGGCCAGACGCAGGCCCACGGUUCCAGGACGAGCCGACAGGAUUCCCUCGUUGGUCCACUCUGCACUCUGCAGAGAACGGGCGCGGAGAGUGUGGCGCCCGAUUGCUGGAAAUUACGUGGACCAUGGGUCGCUAGAGUAGAUUCAUGGAAGCGCAGGCUGCGUAACGGCAACAGACUGCCCAGGUGCGUCGUCAUCACCACGGCUAAGCUGCUCGCUAGCAACCGUCCUCAAGGCCCGGCGUCGUCGCUCUCUGGUUGCGUGAAAUAG